AUGGACCAGUCGUUGAUCAAACUCGUCAACAAACUUCAGGACGCAUUCAACGAUGUUGGGAUCCAGAACCCCAUUGAUCUUCCGCAGAUCACUGUGCUCGGCAGCCAAUCGUCUGGCAAGAGCAGUGUGCUUGAGAACAUUGUUGGGCGCGACUUUCUUCCGCGCGGAACGGGCAUUGUGACGCGCCGUCCCCUUGUCCUCCAGCUUAUCCACCGUGUGCCCGAGAACGGCGUGAUUGCCCCGCGCCACGAGGACGGCUCGAGCCCCGACGAGUGGGGCGAGUUUUUGCACCUCGGCUCGGAGAAAUAUUUUGACUUUAACAAGAUCCGCGAGGAGAUUAUGCGCGACACGGAGCUCAAGACGGGCAAGAAUGCGGGGAUCAGCCCUUUGCCGAUCAACCUGCGCAUCUAUAGCCCGCAUGUGCUUACGCUCACGCUUGUUGAUCUUCCGGGUCUGACCAAGAACCCAGUCGGCGACCAGCCGCGCGAUAUUGAGCGCCAGAUCCGGGACAUGGUGCUCAAGUACAUCUCCAAGCCCAACGCCGUCAUCCUCGCCGUCACCGCCGCAAACACCGACCUGGCGAACUCUGACGGGCUUAAGUUAGCCGCAGAAGUUGAUCCCGAGGGCACGCGCACGCUCGGUGUCCUGACCAAGGUCGACCUGAUGGACGUGGGCACGGAUGUGGUCGAUAUUCUUGCUGGGCGCGUCAUCCCUUUGCGGCUUGGAUACGUGCCUGUAGUGAACCGUGGCCAGCGGGACAUCGAUAACAAGAAGCAUGUGAGCGCUGCGCUCGAAGCGGAGCGCUCCUUCUUUGAGAACCACUCCAGCUACCGGUCCAAGGCUGCGUACUGCGGCACACCGUUCCUUGCGCGCAAGCUGAGCUCGAUCCUGAUGCACCAUAUCCGGAGCACACUCCCGGAUAUCAAGUCCAAGAUCACCACGCAGCUCGCCAAGUUCCAAAUGGAGCUGCAGUCGCUCGGGGGGGUCGGCGGGGACCAGGGCCAUGCGGGCCAUGUACUGACCGUCAUUACCGAAUUCUGCAACGAGUUCCGCACGGUCAUCGACGGAAACAGCAACGAUUUGACGGUGAACGAGCUGGCUGGCGGUGCGCGCAUCAGCUUUGUGUUCCACGAACUGUUCAGCAACGGCGUCAAGAGCAUCGAUCCGUUCGACGUAGUCAAGGAUGCCGACAUCCGCACCAUCUUGUACAACUCCUCGGGCUCCUCCCCUGCGCUGUUUGUCGGCACAACCGCGUUUGAGGUGAUUGUAAAGCAGCAGAUCAAGCGGCUCGAGGACCCCAGCUUAAAGUGCACCACGCUCGUCUACGACGAAUUGGUCCGCAUCCUCUCCCAGCUCCUUUCCAAGACCGCUGCGUUCCGCCGGUUCCCUGCACUGCGCGAGCGCUUCAAUGUCGUGGUGAUCCAGUACUUUAAGCGGUGCAUGUCUCCGACACAAAAGCUGGUGAGCGAUAUUAUCUCUGCAGAAGCAUGCUAUCUAAACACGGGCCAUCCCGACUUUUUGUCGGGACACAAGGCGCUUGCGAUGGCUUCGGAGCGCCUCAAUGCGCCGUCGCACCCGCCGCCCGAGUUCAAGAGCGGCAAGCCCGUGACUUCGGCGAUGGUCAACAGCAAGGAUCUCGACGUGGAUAUCAAGGAGAACACGGGCUUCUUUAGCAGUUUCUUCCCCACCAAGAACAAGCAAAAGAAGGGCGCGAUGGAGCCGCCGCCACCCAGCCUGAAGGCGUCCGGCGCACUCACCGACCGCGAGUCGAUGGAGACGGACGUGAUAAAACUCUUGAUUACUUCCUACUUUAACAUUACAAAGCGCACCGUGAUCGAUAUGGUGCCCAAGGCGAUUAUGCUCAACCUCGUGGUGCAGGCCAAGGACUCGCUCCAGCGCGAGCUGCUGCAGGAGCUGUACCAGCCCGAGGUGCUGGAGGAUCUUAUGAAGGAGUCGGACCACGUUGUCGCGCGCCGCCGCGAGUGCACCAAGAUGAUCGCCGCGCUGGAAAAGGCCUCGGAAAUCGUGACCACUGUAUAA